UGAAUUAGCAGGGACUGGCAUAAAAGCCUUAGAUUUCAGACUCACUGUUGUCUGAGUAGGAAGAGAAGGCACCAAUGGAUCUGGUUGUGGUCCUGGUGCUCUGUCUCUCCUGUCUGCUUCUGCUCUCACUCUGGAAACAGAGCUCUGGGGAAGGGAAGCUCCCGCCUGGCCCCACUCCUCUCCCAAUUCUUGGAAAUAUCCUACAGCUAGAUGUUAAGGACAUCGGCAAAUCCUUAACCAAUCUCUCCAAAGCCUAUGGCCCUGUGUUCACAGUGUAUUUAGGCUUGAGGCCCACCAUUGUGUUGCAUGGAUAUGAAGCAGUGAAAGAAGCCCUGAUUGAUCUGGGAGAAGAGUUUUCUGGAAGAGGCAGUUUCCCCAUCUCUCAGAGAGUUAAUAAAGGACUUGGGAUCCUCUUUAGCAAUGGAAAGAGAUGGAAGGAGAUCCGGCGCUUCUCCCUGAUGACCCUGCGGAAUUUCGGGAUGGGGAAGAGGAGCAUUGAGGACCGCGUUCAAGAGGAAGCCCGCUGCCUUGUGGAGGAGUUGAGAAAAACCAACGGGUCACCCUGUGAUCCCACUUUCAUCCUGGGCUGUGCUCCCUGCAAUGUGAUCUGUUCCAUUAUUUUCCAGAAUCGUUUUGAUUAUACAGAUCAGGAUUUUCUUAACUUGAUGGAAAAAUUUAAUGAAAACUUCAGCAUUAUGAGCUCCCCAUGGAUCCAGAUCUGCAAUAGUUUUCCUGUUCUCAUCGACUAUCUCCCAGGGAGUCAUAACAAAGUACUUAAAAAUUUUGCUGAUGUAAAAAGCUAUGUUUUGGAGAAAAUAAAAGAACACCAAGCAUCUCUGGACAUUAACAACCCUCGGGACUUCAUUGAUUGUUUCCUGAUCAAAAUGGAACAGGAAAAGCACGAUCAACAGAUGGAGUUCACUCUUGAAAAUUUGAUAACCACUGUAACUGAUUUGUUUGGAGCUGGGACAGAGACAACAAGCACCACUCUGAGAUAUGGGCUCCUCCUCCUGCUGAAGCACCCAGAGGUCACAGCUAAAAUCCAGGAAGAGAUUGACCGUGUGAUUGGCAGACACCGGAGCCCCUGCAUGCAGGACAGGAGCCGCAUGCCCUACAUGGAUGCUGUGGUCCAUGAGAUCCAGAGAUACAUUGAUCUGGUCCCUGCCAACCUGCCCCACGCGGUGACCCGUGACAUUAAAUUCAGAAACUACCACAUCCCCAAGGGCACGACUGUAGUAACAUCUCUGAGUUCUGUGCUGCAUGAUAACAAAGAAUUCCCCAACCCGGAGGUGUUUGACCCUGCCCACUUCCUGGAUGAGAGUGGCAACUUUAAGACGAGUAACUGCUUCAUGGCUUUCUCAGCAGGAAAACGAAGUUGUGUGGGAGAAGGCCUGGCCCGCAUGGAGCUAUUUUUAUUUCUGACCAGCAUUUUACAGAAAUUUACCCUGGAAUCUGUGGUUGACCCAAAGGACAUUGACACCACCCCAGCUACUAGUGGGCUUGGCCAUGUGCCACCCGUGUACCAACUCUGCUUCAUUCCUCUGUGAUGAAUGGCAGACCGUCUGGCUGCUGCCAUGCUGUUGUCUGUAACUCACUCUCUUUUGGGGCAUCGUUCACCUCCUUCUUGCUACCAAGGAUGCUCUCUCUGACCUCCAUCUCAUAUCUCCAUAUUCUCUUAAUAUCCAGCGAAUAUCCAACCUCCAUUAAAGGAAACUUUCCUGAGUUUUACUGCACAAAAUAUGUGAUAUCUUUAUAUUCUGUAACACUUGUAUUGACUACCACUUAUGCUAAUACUCACCUAAGAGUUGGUACUAUACUAUCACUGUGAAACAGAGUGGAAUGAUUAGUGUGAGCCAAGACUUUCCUUCUUUUGUACAUAAUGCAGGUAAGAAAUGAAAGAAAAUAGAGUCCAAAGAGGCCAUGCUUGUCCUCAUUAUGAUAAACAGAGAGAAGGUCAAAGGGGAAGAGGGCAGAAAAAACUGUCUUUGCUAAGUGUCACCUAGACUUAUGUGAGGUUUGGAUUUGAAAAUGAGAGAAAUUAUGUCCAAGAGAUAUAAAAUGUUCACAUUAAUUGGUUUCAAACUUAUAGUCAGAUAUUAACCUAUUUUUCACAUUUCUAAUCAUGUGUGUUCUAAGUGUUAUUCUUUUCUCUCAGAACAAGAACAAAAUCCCUGGAAGAUGUGAUCAGAUUCUAUUUUUUUCUACUUUUACCAUCACAUUGUUUUAUGCUUAAUGUAAAUGAUAGCAAUAUAAUGUUAUGAUCCUGAACUUUUUAGUCUCAUGACAUCUCUGAAGUGUAGACAACUGGGAGAUAAAGAAUAUCUUUGGGACUUAUCCCUGAAACACCAGUGGAAAUGAGAAUUAGAAAUUCCUAUUGCAUUCAUAUUAAUUUCUUGAUUUUGAAGGUUUUAUUAUAGUUGUACAGCAGAUUUGCCUUCUUUUAAGGAAAUGUACUAAAAUAAUUCAGACCUUUGAAAUCAGGUCAGCAAUUUAUGCUCAAAUAGUUCAAAAUAAAAUAAUUUUUUGUACAUGCUACCAAGU